GAGGAGGAGGAGGUGGACGAGGAGGAGGUGGACUUCCUCAGCUGCUGCUGCUACGAGGAGGAGGAGGAUGAUGGAGCCGAAACUGGGCCCCAUUCUCGCCAUCGCCACCACCCUCAGAGACUCCCCACCAUCACCACCCCCUGCCACCUCCACCACCUCCUCCACCUCCUCCUCCUCCUCCACCUCCUCCACCACCACCACCUCGUCGUCAGAGUUCUCGGGCCUGGACACCCCCUCCCUGGUGGCUGCCCUCAUCGCCCUCUGCGACGAUAAUGUCGCCUACUUCACCUCCUCGUCGUCGGUCCUUGCCACGCCACGUCCCUCCGCAGUCAUCCAUCCCACUCCUCCUCCACCUCCUCCACCUCCUCCACCUCCUCCACCACCUCCUCCACAGUCCGUCAGCUUCCCCGGCAUCGCCAUCGACGACGAGGAGGAUGAGCGGGAGGAUGAGCAGGAGGGGGAGGGGAUGACGUUGGCGGCUGGUGACGCUGAUGAUGCAGAUGAUGAUGGCGGCGAUGGCGACGAGGUGCCGGGCGGUGGGAGGGGAGCCACUUUAUACCUGGCGGCGGUCGCGGACCGAGGAGGAGGAGGAGGUGGAGGAGGUGGAGGAGGAGGUGGUGGUGGUGGAGGUGGUGGAGUUCACUCCACCCACAACCUGCUGGAGGUUGAGGCGUACGCCGCUACGCUGACUCAGCUCCGCUCCCUCCUGUGCCUGGCCCUGCGCCUCCUGGCUGCGGACGGAGGACGCGGCAGCCUUUUCGUCUCCGGCUUGGAGGGGCCACACGCCGGAGCCGACCUCGCCGGGGAGCUCAUGGCCGAGUACAACACCCUGAUGAAGUCGUGUUUCUACGGGAGGUGUCUCGGGUUCCAGUUCACUCCGACAAUCCGCCCCUUCCUGCACACCCUGGCUAUAGGCAUGGUCUCGUUCGCCCAGAGCUACGGCAAACACUCCUCAGCCCUGG